GUGUGUGUGUGCGUGUCCCUGCGUGGUGUGUGUCCUCCCCAGCAGACGACGGAUGACAUCGUGUCUUCGGCAGAGUGCUCCAGCGACGAUGAAGACCUGGAGGAAUGUGACUCUGGACAGACAGAUAAGAUCAUGACCACCUCAGCCUAUGACGGCGGCUACAAAGCCCUCGCGCCCAAGUGGGAGGCCAAAGACUUGAGGCCGAGCAAGGCCUCGGGGGCCGGUAGGACUACCACACCCACCCCGCCCUCGCCCAACUUCCGGGGAGCGCCGCUGCCGCCGGCCGUCCCCUCGGACGCGCCGCCCAAGCUGCCCGCCGGGAAAAUGAACAACCGCGAGCUGAAGCCACCGGCGCAGCCCCCGCCGCCACCGCAGCCGGACAUCGUCCUGCUGCCCCUCCCCACGGCCUACGACGGCGCCGGGGGCGACGGCACCAAGCCCCGCGGGGGUCCGCCCAUCACGUCGCCCAUGCUGCGCUCGGUCCCGGCCGCCCUGCCCACGCUGCCGGGCGUGGUGCGUCGGGCGCCCCCCGAGUCGUCGGAGGUGAUCCGCGAGUCGGGCAGCACCACGGGCAUGGUGGUGGGCAUCGUGUCGGCCGCCGCGCUCUGCAUCCUCAUCCUGCUCUACGCCAUGUACAAGUACAGGAACAGGGACGAGGGCUCCUACCAGGUGGACGAGACGCGCAACUACAUCAGCAACUCGGCCACGCAGAGCAACGGCGCCGUGGUCAAGGAGAAGGCGGGGGCGGCGGCAGGCGGAGGCGGCGGAGGAGGCGGUACCAAGGGCGGCGGCGGUAGCAAGAGACCCAAAGACAAGGACAAGGAGUAUUAUGUAUAGAGUCCGGGAGACGAGUCACCCUUACCCCGUACCUAACCCCUGCGCGAAAACACCGGUAAAUGGAAAAAGAUAUCUAUCAAACUGUUUGGAACAAAGAUAUAAACACUUUGACAGUACCAUAUUGGCAACUGUGAUUUAAGGAGAGAAAAACACAAAGGAGCAUUCUCUCGAGGACUCGAUACACGCGCGAUGUUGAGAUGUUGAAACCUUUUCUUUUUUUCCCCCACCAAAUAAAAAGGGACUAUGGCUUCUGUAGGCGUGCUCUUGCUGAGGUAAGAUUUAGGGAAAGACUGCAGUCGAAAGCGGGACAGGGAUUCUACAGAAAGACAUUUUCACAGAGUCCUGAGUAAUACCCCCACCCCGUCGAAACCCUCUCCACCGACCCCCGUCAGAGACAUCUAUCAGUGUAAGAUAACAUCGCUCUUACACGACACACACAAAACCCCCCCAAGUGACUUGUCAGAGGUGUGUAAAUCCAUGCGACUUUUGUCCAUUGUAAACCCUGUAAAGAAUACAAUCACUGUCAUUUUUUUCGGCCAUUCUGAGCAUGCAUGUGAGGUGUAUGUGAUGUGGUGGUGCUGGCAUCUGUGUACGUGAGGGACUUUGCUGAUUAAACGACGAUUGUCGGGGGGGGAAGUUGGAGGUCAAAGUGUACCAUCAUAACUCGUGUUUGGUUUUUCGUUAAUUAUACCUUUUUAAGGAUAUGAGGUAAGAUAUAGGCUUCAAGGUGUCAUAUUAAUUUCUAGCUCAUAAGAAUUAUCAUUACAAUUCAAAUCAUUAUUAUGGUAUAAUUAUUUAUAUCAUUAUGCAUAAUUUAUUUGUAUUGUUAUAUUAUUUUAUUUUUAUUCAUUAAAAAUAAAACGUUGAUUUAAUUUUGGUGCGAUUGCACUUUGGAAGGGGUAACUUCCUGCCAGGGUUGCCAGUGAUUAUAACAAGCAAUGUAGUUCCAUUUUUGUAGUUGUAUUAUUCAUUAUAAGUAUCAUUCAUGACAUCCGAAGAUCUUCUAGACGGUGUCAAAGCAUACCAGACAGUCACCACCAUGCAAAGUGCAACAUGCUAUUAAAUCACUUGGUAGCGCUUUAUUUUUUCUUCUCACUUGGAUUCCAUUAGACAGCAAAUCAUUUAUUUCUAUAAUAAUUUAUUUCUGUUGCAUUGUCUUUCCAAUCACUGGGGAUUCUGUGACGAAUGUAUUGUCAUUAUGUGUAUCUGGUAGAGAUGGAUUUGCAUCCAUCAUUCUGAGGAAGAAAAAAAGUCCUGGCUUAAGUUUAACUUGAACGCGUGAACAAGUGUGAAUUUGUGUCCGUUGUCACAGUCAACUGUGUCAAAAACAGCUAAUAUGUUUACAUAUUUUAUUACACCAUAGUCGUUGUUCUUUGCAGGUUCAAUCUUGUACAUAACGUUUCAAUUUUCCGUUUGAUUAGCUUUGUCUUCUUUUUUCAUUUUCUUCCAUUUUAGUAUCAUUGGCUUUUUUUUGUUUUGUUGGUGUUACAGACAUGAUGGAAAUCGAAUAUUUGACAUUUUACCAGGACCAAGUGAUGUGCACAGGGAAAUAUUGUUUAUGGGAACAAACUGUUAGUGUUAGAAGUUUAGAUCAUUCUCUUGAAGGUGCUUCUUGGAGUUGCAUGAAUAUUUGACUCCUGGGAGCUGUCAGUGCAAUAAACGUAACACUCUAGAUUACCGUAAUAGGACGCAUAAAUAUACAGAGAUUACGUUUCAUGUUAUUUAUUUUUUAUCGGACAUCUAAAACGAAACGAGGGAGCGUUGAAGACGAACGGAAUAAAAAGCAGACGUGACGAUGAGGACGCUGAGACACGUUGCUGGCACAUUAUUGAUUCAAAGGUGUGUUUUUGCUCAUUUCUUAUUUAUUUUUUACACAUUUUUUGUCGGUCGUUACAGCAUUUCGUUACAGCGUUACAGCGUUUUAUCAUCCUUUGUGUCUUAAUUUGUAUCUCGUAGUCACAGGCCGUUUUCUUUUGCUAACAUGUAUUUGUGUCCCCAUUUUCUUUCUCACUGCAUUCCAUGCCUACUCGGUCAGUGUGUGGGUUCAUUUUGUUUGUGUUUAAUUCAUUUUCAGUUGUUUUGGUGGAUUCUUCAACCAGUUAUUUACUUGUCGCUAUUUUGACUCCAAACAAUUCCCAGAAAUAAAAAAAUGUUGUUCCCAAAGUU